AAGGUGGAACUGAAUGUAUAUAUUCCGUGGACCGGCGACUCAGCUGUUACUUCGCGGUGGAGAAACACGUAGAACCAUGAGGGCGGUGGUGUUGGCGACGGCGCUGUCCCUUUCCUUCGGGCUGGUCAGCCCUCAGUGCAUUUCCAAGGACGACUCCCUCAUCCCGCCCCCGAGAACAUACCUCGGCCACAUCGCGCCCUUCAGUGUCGGUCUCUUGAAGGAGGUUCUUCCUGCGUCGGGGAACUUCUUCUUCUCGCCCUACAGCAUCUGGACGGCGCUUGUGUUGGCCUACUUCGGGUCCAACGGCAACACGAAGACCCAGUUGGAAAGGGUCCUUCAGCUGGGCAACCGGGAAGGCGCUCUGGCCUUGUACAAAAGCGUGGAUCAGUUGUACAGGUUGCAGGAAAACAACCCCAAUUACACUGUUAAUGCAGCUAACAGAAUAUACAUCCAGGAUGGGUUGCCGCUGAGAGAGUGUCUUCAGACGGUUUUCUCGAACGAAAUAAGAGCCGUAGAUUUCCGCCAGCAACCACAAGCCGCUGCGGGGGAGAUCAACAGGUUCGUCAGCGACACGACCAGAGGCAAAAUUUCGCAGAUAGUGUCAGCCGACAGCGUGUCAGGAGCCGUGAUGGCGCUCGUCAACGCAGUCUACUUCAAGGGCCUGUGGGACAGUCAGUUCAAGGUCGAGAACACGUCCCCGCAGAGGUUCUUUGUGGGGCCGAAUAGACAUGCAACGGUCCCUAUGAUGAGCCAAGAAGGCAACUUCAAUUAUGGUGAGUCACAGGAGCUGGACGCCCAGGUGCUGGAGAUGCCCUACCGGGGCGGCCACGCGUCCCUGUUCGUGCUCCUUCCUCGAGACCAGGGCACGGGCCGGGAGCUCGACCAGCUGGUGCAGCGCCUCAGCCCCUCGACGCUGACGGCGGCGCUGAGGGACACUCGCGACCAAAAGGUCCAGCUCAAGUUCCCCAAGUUCAAGUUUGAGAAGAAGAUCGAUAGCGCGCUCCAGCAGGCUCUGGCGCGCUUGGGUGUUGCCGAUUUAUUCUCCGACCGAGCUGACCUCACAAACUUCAAGUCGGACGGCGGCCUCCAAGCCACGGGCAUCAUCCACAAGGCAGUGGUGGAAGUGGACGAAGAAGGCGCAGAAGCAGCCGCGGCCACGGUGAUUUUUGUUUCGUUUUCGGCGUUAUCUGUUCCACCCCCGCCCGUCCGCUUCACCUGCGACCGCCCCUUCCUCUUCCUCAUCCGCGAUAAUGACAUCGACAAUAUCCUCUUCAUUGGGGCUUACAGAGAGCCCUAAAUUGCAGCCCUCUUCUCCUUCUCCAUCUUCCAUUUCUUCUCCUUUUUUCUUAAUCGUUUUUUUUUCUCCUUCUCGCCUUCUGCCUCUCCUUCUUCUCCAUCUUCAUUUUCCUCCACCUCCUGUGAUGAAUAAGAUUGCGUUGAAAUUUCUUGUGAGAUUCAGCUUCUUUUCACCAUUUUUCUUAAAGAUGCAAGUUUGAAAUUGAUAUAGAAUUGUAUAUUUUUGUUUUGUUUUAUUUUCUGAGAAUCCUAAAGUUAUAAUGAUGAUUAUGAUAAUAAUAAUGAUAGUAAUGAUUAUGACAAAACUAAAAAUGAUGAUAAUGAUAACAUUUAUAUCCGGUUACACACAACCGUUUGAUAAUAAUGCUUUCGUCUAUACAAAUAUAAAUGCCAUGUGAAUAUGAAGAGAAAUGUAGAAACAAAACCGGGAGAGGGAACUAUAUAUAUGUGUGCGUGGGAGUUGUGUGUGUGUGUAUUAGUGUUAGUGUGUGUGUAUGUGUGUGUGUGUGUGUGUGUGUGUGUGUGUAUUAGUGUUAGUGUGUGUGUGUGUGUGUGUGUGUGUGUGUGUGUGUGUGUGUGUGUGUGUGUGUGUG